AGUCAGUGAAGCAUACUUAUGCGGAUGGGCGCUAUGAAAUAUACUAAACAUCAUCACCAUUGAGCCUGGGAGAAAGCGCCGGUUGGUGAUCUUUUUUUGCGCUGCACCGUGUGUGCAUUUUGAACGGGGGAAGUGAGCGUUUCAUCGCCGCGGAGAACUUCGUAAAAUGUAAAUGUCUGGCUACAUUGUAACUGCUGCUUCUUAUAUAAAAAAUUAUCACAGAGACGACGCAUGUCUUGAUGGAAUAGCUGAGACUAUACGGAUUGUUUGAAUAUCUGCACUCCACGAUCACUGUAGCCUACAUAAAUCCAUAACUGACAGUAUUUCUACAGCAUAAAAAUAAGAGCAGUGUAGCCUGGGAGUAGCGAUUCAGCCCGUCAUGCCAGCGAGACAGGAAGUGUGUGUGUGAGCCCAACCAGUCCGGUGGGCUGCGCGGGGAUGAACAUGCCACUGCACCAGAUCUCUGUCAUCCCCCGUGAUGUCACUUCCUCCCGGGUCAGCGGCAGCGGAAAGACCAAGGACAAGGACAAACAGAAUGAGAAGCACCUGGGUCAUUCUGCCAGCAGGUCCAGCAACAUUUCCAAGGCGGGGAGUCCCACCUCCGUCAACGCCCCAUGCAGCUUUUCACGGUCAUCGGUCACCCCCUCCAACCAGGACAUCUGCAGGAUCUGUCACUGCGAAGGAGACGAUGACAGCCCACUGAUAACACCGUGCAACUGUACAGGCAGCUUACGCUUCGUCCACCAAGCGUGCCUGCAGCAGUGGAUCAAGUCCUCAGACACACGCUGCUGUGAACUCUGCAAGUACCAGUUCAUCAUGGAGACCAAGCUCAAACCCCUUCGCAAGUGGGAGAAGCUCCAGAUGACGUCCAGUGAGAGGAGGAAGAUCAUGUGUUCUGUGACGUUCCAUGUCAUCGCCAUAACUUGCGUGGUGUGGUCCCUCUACGUGCUCAUUGACCGCACUGCAGACGAGAUCAGAACAGGUAUCCUGGAGUGGCCAUUCUGGACCAAGCUGGUGGUGGUAGCCAUCGGCUUCACGGGUGGCCUGGUCUUCAUGUACGUCCAGUGUAAAGUCUACAUCCAGCUGUGGAGGAGACUCAAGGCCUACAACCGGGUGAUCUACGUCCAGAACCGCCCAGAGAUGUGUAAAAAGCAAGUGGUCGAGAAGCUGCCCCUCAUGGAGCCCAGUUUGGAGCACAAGGAGGCUCUGGCCCUCACCCAGUCUGACACAAACUCCUCCCAGUACACAGAGACAGAGGACUACAGUAUGGAAGUGCUACAUGUCUGACCAACAUAGUACUGAAGCCCCCAGACCAUUUUACAUAUAUUAAUACACAGGCACACUCUGGCUGACCAACAUAUACACACACAAACACGAGCAAACCAAGUAAAAAACACAAAACACACAGACAUGCAUAAGACUAUAGUAUGGGGGUUGUACUAAGGUGUGAGUGACCCACCUUCACCCUUCCCCCAUCUCCACACAGUCUGAAACAGUAUGGACCAGUCCCCACUCCCAGGACUAGACCUUCACUGGGCCAAUAGACCCCUCAUAUACACACACACACACACACACACACACACACACACACACACACACACACACACACACACACACACACACACACACACACACACACACACACACACACACACACACACACACACACACACACACACACACACACACACACACACACACACACACGAGACAGAUGAUCUCACUCGGCUCCAGAGGUUUCUGUUGAGCUGUUUGUUUGUUGCUUUGUGUGUUUGUUAGCUUGUUUGUUUGAUAUAUUUGUUUUACUUCCUGUGAAUCAUGGGCUAAACCAUCAUGGAUCAGUGUGUAGCGCCGCCGUUUAUCUGGAAUAUUUUAGAACAUUCUGGAACAUUCUAAUUACUGCCACCGUACUGCUGUCGUCCGAGAGCCCGCUAAGGCCCGCUCCCCCGCCUCUCUGAGUUUGGGACUGGAUUGGACCGGAUCUGACCAUGCAUUGAAGCACUUUUUGGUUUCUACCAAUACCCCUCUCAACCCUCUUGUCUUUUAACAUGAACAAAGUACUUUAUAGUAUAUCCCAUCAAACAGGGGACGUCCUAAGCAACAUUGCCAUUAGGCCCAUUUUAGGGUUUUGGCUAAAUGUUAUUUCACUGCCGUUCUGAGAACAUUCUAGAAAUAUUCAAACACGACAUUAACAUCAGGACGAUAAGGGAAUGUUCAGUACUGAUCCCAGCUUGGUUGUAGUAUAACUUUAUAAUAAGGUAAUUUGAUGUCCAAUAGGGAACAUUACAAAUAGGUUCCGAUAACCGGGAAGUAGACAAUAAACACAAGACCAUGACACAAUGUCCUGACGUUCUGGAGACGUCCUAUGGACACUUUUGUUUGCAGGGAUAAGUGUGGGAAAUUGUACAGCAACAAAUAGGAAGAUUUGUGUAAAACAUCCCUUGUUUUAUAUUUGACAUUCCUGUCCCACACACAGACCUGCCCUCCCUUGGAUGGAAAUCGUGGAAAGCAAUGAAUGAUGGGGGGGGGAUGGAAUUCUGACGAAAUGAUCAUUGCACUUUUCACUUAACACUGAAAGUAAUGCUAAAUAUGGCCUACUGGUUACUCAAGCCCUGUGGUUUUUAAUACAACCAAAACAUAACUUUGGGAUAACAUCAGAUACAGCCAUCCACCUGACAUUACCUCCCUCUGCCAUAAGAACUCUGAAGGCUCUGAGAAUGUAAUGUUUUUAAAAGCAUUUUCUACCAACCAUUCAUUCACAGGAAAUCGCUAAAUAGUCUCCCAUGUCAGACAUCAUCAUAACAUGAACCUUUGGAAAACCAACUAAUCGUUCAUGUUUUUUCUAUUGUGUGAAUGAUACAGUACUUGUGGUAUUCCAUGUGCAGUUUGUAAUAAUAGUAAUCAUGGGUUCUAUAUGAUGCCUUGAGGAAGCUACAGCCUGCUAUAUUUCGACUGUUCUCUUCUCAUCCUCCUAUUGACUUCUCUGAUCACACUAAUAAUGAUCAUGCAGAUGGGAUUAUUCAAAUCCAAAUUUACAUAAGAUUAUGUGAAUUUGAUCAGAGGUAGUAAGAGAUUGGAUACACGGCCUAUUAUCAUUAUUAUGAGAGGCCCUAUGAGACAAUGCUGAGCCUAUUUUUACGAUGGUGAUGAUCGUGGGUGGGUUAUACUGUAGCAUGUCUUUUUGGUUUAGUUUUAUACAUACAGUCAGUCAGUGAGACUCAGGUGAGCAACGGACAAUCACCUGAUACAGAGACCCGCGACACAACAUACAUUUUUUAGUCGAGCUAAAGUCUCUGUUGCACAGUCAGAUAGCCUCCAGUUUCCAACCACGAUAACUCAGAUGUAUUAUGUUACAACGAUCAGUCCAUAACCCACCUGCUGUUUCACUAAUUAUUAUUCAAUGUAACUUAAUGUAUCGUUCUUUCUCACAUCUGGCAUUAUGAGGGUUUGAUUAGAUGCAUUUGUAAAUUGAUCAGUUUCAGUCCAGAUAAUGUUUCUAAAGUAACAUCUGAUGGCUUCUCUCCAGUAAAGCAGAGUUGCCAUAUGUUGACAAUAAAGACACUGUUUCCCUGAGCCAAAUGCCUUGUGUUGUUAGUCAUAUGCAGUAGUGUAAAGUACUUAAGCAAAAUUACUUUAAAGUACUACUUAAGUAUGUUUUGGGGGUAUCUGUAGUUUACUUUUUAUUUGUGACAAUGUUUACUCCACUACAUUCCUAAAGAAAAUAUGUACAUGUUACUUCCAUACAUUUUUCCUGACAACCGAAAGUACUCGUUGCAUUUCAAAUGCUCAGGCAGGGCCGCAAUAUGGUUGUCAUCCCUACUGCCUCUGAUCUGGCGGCCUCACUAAACAAAAAGAGUGUGUUGGAUUGUGCUCCUGUCUGUCUGUAAUUUCUUUUAAGUUAAAAAAAUUGUGUCGUCUGAUUUGCUUAAUAUAAUAUAUUUAAUUUAAACCAUUUACUUUUACUCAAGUAUGAGAAAGGAGUACUUUAUCCGCCAUUGUACUGAAGUACAUUUAAAACCAGAUACUUUUAGACUUUUACUCAAGUUGUAUUUUACUGCGUCAUUGACUUUUACUUGAGUUAUUUUCUAUUAAAAGGUAUCUUUACUUUCACUCAAGUAUGACAAUUGAGUAUUUUUUCCACCACUGGUUAAAUGUAACUUGGUAAGAGUCUAAUAUAAUGUAAAAUUCAAGCUGCGAAAAAAUGCAAGAACAUGAUUUCUUUAGUUAAUUACAAUACUGUAAACGUACAGAGCAUGAUAGAACAUGAACAAUUGGAACUGUCAGCAAAUAAAAUGUGGGGGUAAGGACCUGAUUGGGUCGCCAUCUAGGGUUGGGAGUAGGGAAGUGCAGUCUAAACAGGAGUUGUGGCCUUCUCAAGGCAGCACGGUUUUGGGCUUACAGUCUGUUGUGUAAGUGCUUUUGUAUCUGUGGGAGAACCACAUUGCCAGGGUCCUCUCAGGCCCUAUACAGCCAUUCCAGCAAACACUCAUUUUUAACAACAGUGUUUUUGAUACCAGUGUAAAUAUACAUAACAAGAGUUCCAGCCAAUACGGCGUCCAUGACACUUCUACUGUACAAUGGUGUCAAACAAAAUUGUUCUUUCAACAUCUGCAUUUCCUGAAAUGUAAAGCUCCAUUGUAUUCUCCAAUUGUAAAAGUCAGGUUUGGAGUUGUGGGUAGUGUAGUAUUUGAGAAGCAUGUUUGAUAAGGGCCUAAUGCUUCUCAGGACCAGCACAGAUAUGUAUUAGUACAUAUUAUUUUUGUAUUAUAUCUGUGGACACGGUUUCAAUGUACGGUGUACAUUUUAGGACCCCCUCACACAGUCCCCAAGACGGUCUGUACGAUUAGACAGAAAAAGUGCAAUUACCUUAGUUGACCUGGUCAGUUCUCUAGUACUGUCGCUGUUUCUCAUCCAGAGGUUCACUCUCUGGAUACAAUAUUGCUUAAAUUGUUUGUGUUGUAUUUAUAUUUGCGUCAAAAGAUACCCUUUCAAAUUGUGAUUUUAUGCAACUAAACACUAUCAGUAUCCAAUUCCAGACAUGAGCUAUUUGAGCUUUCUCCCUGGAAACCAAUUCUACUUCUUCUGUACGUGAUUUUCUCACACUGUCCUAGUUAUUGUCAGAGGCAAGAGUCUUUGAGAGGGCUAGACUUAAUACAGUGAGGCCAGCAUUCAUACUGCACUGCACUUGACUUUUAAAGGUAACUUUCACUUCAGCUGUGAUCUAUAGUUCUACCCCUAGAAGAUAUUCAGCCAGCUUUUAUCACCACUGUACCCAAUGAAUACAAUGGAUCCAAACGAUCAUUGCUUUUAUUGUAUUCAGAGAAAUAUUUGAAUGUACAUGAUUGAUGUUUGAUUAUGUAUAACUGGCUCCUAUAAUUGUGAUUUUAAGAGAAGAGACUUGUUGAUAUUGUCCCUUCAAGCUCCUUUGCAUUUUUUACCUUAAGACUUAUGGACAAGGCUUUGCUUAGCUACAUGAACAGUGUUUAUUGCUAAGCCCUAUAAUAACUUUAAUGUCUACAGUCUCAAAAUUCCAGCAACUUUACCCAGAUUCCCAGGUUUUGUCACAGAUGAAAGAUUCCCAGAUUUCUUGAAAACCUGAGAAUUUUGGGAAAGUCAGCAACAUUUUGCAACCCUAAGCCAUAUUGUAAAACAUGACAUUUUAUUUUGGGGAUGACCCUGUCUGAGGUCUGUGUGUUCUUUCAAUGUCAUUUCAAAUGUAAAACACAGCUCUUCUGCAGAACAUGACAUAAGCAGCCAUCCCAUCCCAUAAUAACUCUUGUUGUGCUGAGAAAGUGUUACUUGCAUAAAACUACAAUGCUUUACUAUGGACUUGACUUGAACAUACAAGACUGUUUCCCUCCUUCAGAUAUCAUUCCACACGUUUGUCUGAGUUUACUUAUGAAUGGUAACUGUAAAUAUAUCUUUUUUAAAGUACUUGUUUUGGAAAAUAAAUAUUGAUGUGUUUUCAUUUGUUGAAUUCCCAAAUGUUUGAACAAAGUAUGUAGAAUGAAUAACCAACCAAAUAAAAAUGAAAACCUAAA